AUGGCAACAGAGCCGCCAUCCCCCCUCCGGCUCGAGGCGCCCAGCGCCCCAGAGAUGCGGACCCCACCGGUGAGCGAUGCCGCCCCCGAAGGCGCCCUGCAACCAGCGGGCGGCAGGCUGCGUUUCCUCAACGGCUGCGUGCCCCUGUCGCAUCAGGUGGCCGGGCACAUGUACGGAAAGGACAAAGUGGGUAUACUGCAACACCCAGAUGGCACAGUUUUGAAACAGUUACAGCCACCUCCAAGGGGCCCGAGAGAGCUGGAAUUUUAUAAUAUGGUUUAUGCUGCUGAUUGUAGUCAUGGUGUUCUUCUAGAGCUUCGAAAAUAUUUGCCAAAAUAUUAUGGCAUCUGGUCACCUCCCACUGCACCAAAUGAUUUAUACCUAAAACUGGAAGAUGUGACCCAUAAAUUUAAUAAGCCCUGUAUAAUGGAUGUAAAGAUCGGGCGAAAAAGCUAUGAUCCUUUUGCCUCAUCCGAGAAGAUUCAGCAACAGGUCAGCAAGUACCCAUUAAUGGAAGAGAUUGGGUUCUUGGUGCUUGGCAUGAGGGUUUAUCAUGUUCAUUCUGAUAGCUAUGAGACACAAAAUCAGCACUAUGGAACAAGCUUAACAAAAGAAACUAUAAAGGAUGGAGUCUCCAAGUUUUUUCAUAAUGGGUUCUGUCUAAGAAAAGAUGCUAUUGCUGCCAGUAUUCAGAAGAUUGAGAAAAUUCUGCAGUGGUUUGAAAGCCAGAAACAGCUUAGCUUUUAUGCAAGUUCAUUACUAUUUGUUUAUGAAGGUUCAUCUCAGCCAACCACUACAAAAUCAAGUGACAGAACUUUGGCAGGAAAGUUUUUGUCCAAAGGACAAUUGUCAGACACAGAGUUACUGGAGUACAACAAUAACUUUCAUGUGUUAAGUUCCACAGCAAAUGGAAAAAUAGAGGCUUCAGUAGGCAAAAGCUUAUCCAAGAUGUAUGCUCGUCACAGAAAAAUGUAUUCAAAAAAACAUCACAGUCAGACUUCAUUGAAAGUUGAAAAUAUGGAGCAAGACAAUGGGUGGAAAAGCAUGUCACAGGAACAUUUAAAUGGAAAUGUACUUUCCCAACUGGAAAAAGUUUUUUACCAUCUUCCCACUGGUUGCCAAGAGAUUGCGGAAGUAGAAGUGCGAAUGAUAGAUUUUGCUCAUGUGUUUCCUAGCAACACAAUAGAUGAGGGAUAUGUUUAUGGUCUAAAGCAUUUAAUUACUGUACUUCGAAGUAUUUUAGACAAUUGA